AUGCCUGGACUUAACCAAGACAUCAGAAUCGCUACGGUAAAAUCUAAUGAGAAGGUCGAACCUUCAUCAUCGAUGGAUCUAGGUAGUGGAAGUGAUGUCGAACUUUAUGAUCCAAAUCGUUAUUCCGAUGAUCAUAGUUGUGUCGAACAUUCUAGUGAUGGAGACUUUUGUGAAAUUGUUCGGACAAAAUCUGUUCAUGAUGAUAGUAAGACUCCAAUAGAAUAUGAAGUUCCACGUUCAAGAUUUGAUAGACGUGCAAAGAUGAUAUUAGUUAUUCAAUGUGCUUUCACUGGAUUUUUCUCAUCGAUUGCAGGUGCCAUUUAUUAUCCGGUAUUAAACGUCAUCGAAGAUGAAUUCCAUAUUAAUGAAGAGCAAGUUAAUAUUACAGUUGUUGUUUAUUUUUUAUUUCAAGGUGUUGCGCCAAGUAUUAUGGGUGGAUUAGCAGAUUCUCUUGGGAGAAGACCAGUUGUCCUAACUUCAAUAAUAUUAUAUUUUUGUGCUUGUAUUGGUUUGGCUAGAUCACAGAAUUAUGGACAAAUCGUUGGUUUAAGAUGUUUGCAAGCUGCAGGUAUUUCCCCUGUUAUUGCAGUUAAUAGUGGUAUUAUGGGAGAUGUUACAACAAAACCUGAAAGAGGUGGUUAUGUUGGUUAUGUUUCCGGGUUUCAAGUUAUUGGUAGUGCCUUUGGUGCAUUGAUUGGUGCCGCUUUAGCUAAUAGAUGGAGUUGGAGAUCAAUCUUUUGGUUUUUAGUUAUUGGUUCUGGUAUUUGCCUUUUAUUUUCAAUUUUAAUCUUAACUGAAACAAAGAGAACUAUUGUUGGUAAUGGUUCAAUUAAACCAAAAUCCAUUAUUAAUAAAGCUCCAAUAUUAAUAUUACCAUAUGUCAAGAAAGUACUUCAUUUAGAUAAUCCUGAUAUUGAAACUUUAGAACCAAAAAUGAAAUUAGAUUUAUUAGCACCAUUAGAUAUUAUUAAAAACACUAAAAUGAGUAUAUUAUUAUAUGUUGCUGGUAUGCAGUUUGCUAUGUGGUCAACUCAUCAAACUGCUCUAUCAACUGCUUUAAGUUCCAAGUAUAAUAUGUCAGUUAUUGAUAUUGGUCUUUGUUAUUUACCUACUGGGUUAUGUACAAUGGCUAGUGUUGUUGUAUCAGGAAGAUGGUUAAAUUGGGCUUAUACUAAAAAAUUUAAUAAAUUUAAAGUUUGGAGAGACUCUGAACGUGCAAGAUUAUUAGAAGAAAAUAAUCAUAAUGAAUCUAAAGUUGAUUCUAUUAUGGAUAAUGAUCCUAAUUAUACAUUCAAUCUUUUCCGUGCAAGAUUAGGCAUGGCUUUUAUUACUUUAGUGUUAAGUUCUGGUGGGUUUAUUGCCUUUGGUUGGUGUCUAGAAGUUAAAGCUCCAUUAGCAGCCGUCUUAGUCUGUAGUGGGUUUGCUUCAUUAUUCUCUAAUUGUAUUUUAACAAUGUCGACUACAGUUAUUGUUGAUUUAUAUCCUUCAAAGACAUCGACUGCCACUGGUUGUUUGAAUUUAUACCGUUGUUUAUUGUCUGCUUUAUUCAUUGGUUGUUUAAGUCGUAUGAUUACUGCAAUGGGUUAUGGUGGUGUCUUUACAUUGAUUGGUAGUGUUAACGCUGCUUCUUCAUGCUUAAUUCUUUGGUUAGUUAAACAUGGACAUGAGAUUGCCAUGGUUAGACGUCACGAAGAAGAUGCUCUUAAGAAACCUUUAAUAAAUGAUGAAGAAAAACAAUUUGAUGAAUUAGAUGAUGAUUUAAGUUAG